GAAUUGUUAUUUUUUAAAUUUUUGCGGAAUCACUUUUGAUUUCAAUCAAGAUUUUGGUUUAAUUUGAAGCUUCUGACAAAAUUGAAAACAAAAUAAUCAACUCUGAUUUUUAGCUGUGAUUUUUAGUUUCCUUGAUUUUUGGCCGGUUUGGUUUCGUAAAAAAUUGUUGAACUAUUUUGAAAUUCCAUUUGAUAAAUCUACCCAUUGUUACAAAUCUCUUGUGUUAAUAAAUUGUUACUGAAAUGCUUCAGUGUGAGGAUGAGCGUUUGGAUUCCGGCCGCUAUGCUACAAACUCGCAGUCAAUCCAGUUCGGACCCUGGCAUAUAGCAUACGAUGUGAGUUGCAUCCUUCCAAGUGUGUGCUCUACCAAAGUUGUUUGUGAACGUGAUGAUGAUCAAUUUUGCUUAUUUUGCAAAUACUGCAAAGAGCUACAAAUUCCACAUUUUCCUGAUAUGGUUUUUCCUAAAAAUAUUUUGUCGUUGACUCAUAAGAAUGGUGCUAAAAUAUAUUUCAGUCCAUUACAUGCUUUAAAGCUUGUAGCGAAUACUGUGAGAGCAAUUGAAGUAUCAUGUUCUGAAGCAUGGUUGGAAGCUCGGCCUGAUGCUGAAAAGAAAAAGAAGUCAUUUGACUGGACCUUCUCGACCGAUUAUAAAGGAACACUGAGUGAUGACAUAGUUGUGGAACCUACAGAUGAAACCAUCAAUUUUGAUCUAUUAAAACAGAAGGAGCAAAUCCUCUUUUAUCAUGAUCUUACUUUGUUUGAAGAUGAAUUGCAUGAUCAUGGGAUUUCAAAGCUUUCUGUGAAAAUUAGAGUUAUGCCAUCCUACUGGUACAUAUUGCUGAGAUACUUUCUGAGAGUGGAUGAUGUCUUGGUGCGUUCAAAUGAAACCAGAAUGUUCCAUAUGCUUGAUUCUCACUAUAUCCUGCGAGAAUUUACAGCAAAAGAAUCGAAAGCACAGGAUUUAAAUAUGCCUACAAGCCACAUGAAGGAAGCAGACGACGUCAUUCCUUUUCUCGCUGUGAAAGAGAAAGUAACCCAAAAAUUGAUAGUUAACUCUCAAAAUAAUUCAUAGUGCACACUGAUCUCUGUAGUAAUCUAUAAUAGGUAAGAAUUAAAAUGUAUCAAUAAAUGAACUAUGUAUAACUUAA